AUGAAGAGAGAAGGAUUUUAUUUUGAUGAAGAGACGUAUUUCCCAAUUUUAGCUGCUUUUAAAAGGAAAAGGAUGAAGAAGGACUAUGAGGCUCUGACCUGCUUCUACAAUCGCAGUAUUCAGGAAAAUGCAAUGCAAAGUGUUGUCAACAAGGUGAUUGAUAUCAUUUCAGGGUCUGAAUGGGGUGAUGAGGUUAUAAAUAAAUUGGCAAAUGUUAAAGUUGAUUUUUGUGAUAAUUUUGUAAUAAGGGUUUUGAAAAAGCUUGGAAAUUGUUCUUUAAAGGCUUACGAGUUCUUUCAUUGGGUUAGGAAGCAAUCUGGUUAUGAGCAAAAUACAGUGACAUACAAUGCAAUUGCUAGAGUUCUUGCGCGGAGUGACUCAAUGGAGGAGUUUUGGAGUAUUAUUGAGGAAAUGAAGAGUAUGGGUUAUGAGUUGGAUAUUGUUACUUACGUAAAAAUAUCAAGGAUGCUUCAAAGGAAUAAGAUGAUAGAGGAUGCUGUCAAGCUCUAUGAGCUUAUGAUGGAUGGUACAUAUAAGCCAUCCGCCGAGGAUUGUAGUCUCCUUUUGAAUAGCAUCUCUGCAAGUGAUAAGCCAAAUUUGGAUUUAGUUUUCAGAGUUGCUAGGAAAUAUGAGUCAACAGGGCACGCUCUCUCCAAGCCAAUCUAUGAUGCAAUCCACAGGUCUUUGACAGGUGCUGGAAAACUUGAUGAAGCUGAAAAUAUUGUUAAUACUAUGAGAAAUGCUGGCCAUGAGCCUGAUAACAUCACCUACCGUCAAAUGGUUUUUGGACUUUGUAAAUGA